AUAUUGAACCAACCAUAACAGAUCUAGUACGGGCAAAUGAAACGAAUUCAACUAUAUUCAGCGAAACUAUUUCAAAACGAAACCAUUAUCUGAACCUUUACGCCGUUUUGAUCCUCACAUCAGUUGUUCUCACCUUCGCUAGAACCUACCUGACAUUUUUCUUCUCGAUGAAAGCUUCGAAAAACCUCCAUGACUGGAUAACACAUUCAGUAUUGAAUUCGUUCAUGACAUUCUUUGACGGUCAUUACAUUGGAAAUAUCAUCAACAGAUUUUCCAAGGAUGUUGGCACGAUUGACGAGACUAUACCUCUCAUUGUUUAUGAGAUUAUGAGGGGAACCCUUCAAGUGUUGUCCAUAAUGUUUUUAUUAGUUUCGGCACAUUUAAUUUUCCUGUUACCGGUAGUCAUCCUGAUAAUCCUCCUAUACUUCCUUCGAAGAUUCUAUAUUUCAACUGGAAGAAAUAUCAAGAGAUUAGACGCUUCUACAAGAAGCCCUUUCAUCGGCCAUUUCAACGCCACCAUGGAGGGAUUGACCACUGUCAGAGCCUAUGAAAAGGAACCUCUGCUAAUAGAAGAAUUCGAUAGGCAUCUGGACCACCAUACGUCAGCUUAUUAUAUGAUGAUAUGUACCAGCAGGGCGUUUGGAUUUACCAUAGAUAUGAUUUGUUCAACUCUUCUUUCAGCAGUGGUGGUCCAUUUUGUAUUUUUCAACCCAGAUUCACCUGUUGGAUCAGUCGCUCUGGCGAUUUCACAAGCUAACGCUCUGAUGGGACUGCUUCAAGGUACUGUUCGAAUGUACUCUGAAAUUGAAAACAAUAUGACUGCUAUAGAAAGAGUCCUCGAAUACUCUGACAUCGAAACUGAGAACAGAAAAAAAGGACUCGUUAAGGACAACUGGCCCGAUAAAGGCAUGAUUGAGUUCAAGGAUCUUUCGCUCACUUACACCACGACAAAGCAACAGGUUUUGAAGGGUCUCAACUUCGUCCUGCAGCCUAGAGAAAAAAUCGGUAUAGUGGGAAGAACGGGAGCAGGAAAAUCAUCUAUAAUUUCCAGUUUAUUCAGAUUAUAUAACACGGAAGGCAAUAUCAUUAUAGAUAAUAUUGACACAAAAAUGUUGGCCUCAGAAUUUCUCAGAUCAAAUAUAGCCAUUAUACCUCAGGAUCCCAUUUUAUUUUCCGGUACCAUUCGUUCCAACAUAGACCCAACCGAAAGGUACUCGGACGAAGUCAUAUGGAAAGCUAUCGAAAAGGUAAAUAUAAAACGUCUCAUCUCGAAUCUACAGGAGAAAAUCUCGGACCACGGCUCAAACUACAGCUCCGGACAAAGGCAGCUCAUAUGUUUAGUGAGAGCUCUGGUCAGCAAGAGUAAAAUUAUCGUUUUGGAUGAAGCCACGGCCAAUAUGGACCCAGAGACGUGUGGAUUGCUUCAGUCUACUAUAAAACAGAAUUUCGCUGAAUGUACCGUCUUGACGAUUGCCCAUAGACUGAAUACUGUGUCUGAUUCUGACAGGGUUAUGGUAGUUGAUCACGGACAAAUCGUUGAGUUUGACACUCCAGAUGCUCUGUUAGGAAACCAAAAAGGAGUUUUCUACAAUAUGUUCAAGCAUUCCGGACUUCUUGAAUCAUGAAAACCACAAGACUGAACUCCUUUGAGUUGGGACCGAGUUAUCUACUUUUGUUGAUACUUAUAAUGCUUAGUUUUAGAAUAAAUAUUAAUAAAAAGUAUAUUCUUUGAU